AUGCGUCGCGAUUCGGAAUUGAAAUUUAAAGACUUGUUUGUAGCAGCAAAAGAAAUGGCGGAAAAAAUGAGUAUUAAUUUAGUACCUCCACGGAAUAUUGGAGUACAGAAGAAUCGAGACAACUACGAAGGAAGUCCAGAGGAUUAUUUUCGUCGGUCCAUAUUUCUCCCUUUUUUGGACCACUUAUCAAUGCAGCUAAAAACAAGAUUUAUUGAUCACCGGGAACUACUUUCAAAAAUUCAAAAUAUUCUGCCGAUUAAGUGUUCAGAGCUCAAUACAAAAGAAAUCAGUGAAACGGUAAAUACUUUUGCAAAAGAAUGGCCAAAUGACAUCAAGGGAUCUACUGAUGAUUUUAUAUCUGAGAUGACCAUGUGGCGCAGGCAUUGUUUAAAUAUGUCAAAGGAUAAACGGCCAAAAACAUUUAUAGACGCCCUCAAUACUUGUGAUUCGACAUUGUAUCAAUCAAUACACCGAUUUUUACAGAUUGGUGCAACUCUUCCAGUAUCUGUGGCAACAAGUGAACGGUCUUUUUCUUGUCUUCGAAGACUGAAAACAUAUCUGCGCAAUAAGACUGGCGAAGAGCGAUUAAAUGGACUGAUGCUAUUAAAUUUAUAUAGAGACGUGGAGGUGACCUAUGAUGAGAUCAUUAAUAUAAUGGCUAAAGUACCGAGACGUCUAGACCUUAUUUUAUAA